GUGUGGAGAAGGCGGGUCUCGUUCAGCGGGAGGGGCGCGGUUUAUGCGGCGCUGGACACGUCGUGAGAGCCCGGAUGUCAGACCUAGAGCAGCUGGUGAGUGCGACCUCUCAGCUGCAGCAGCAGCUUCUUGAGAGCGCGGUGCGCGGUCUUGAAGGUCAGCCAUACUAGCCGUGUAUGAAUAGCCAUCCUAGGAAGUUAUUCUUAUUAACGCCGUCCUUGCCCUUUGACCGGAGGCGGUUCUGGGAACCCGACGGUGGAGAUACGCCUCUCCACACGAAGAAACUUGCCUCCUUCCUCCUCUCGACUUGGCACGCCUCUCCACUUGAAAAAAAAAAUUGCCUCCUCCUCUCGACGAGACACGCCUCUCCACUCGUAAAAACGCGCCUCCGCUCGACGAGACACGCCUCUCCACUGGAACAAACGCGCCUCCGCCCGACGAAUCACGCCUCGAUCCUCCAGACGAACAAAACGGGUUCGUCACAUCGUCGAAUUUUGGCACGAAUCACCUCCCAUGCAUACCCGCCGGGUUGCGUGCCAGAAUGCCGUGUUGUUGGCAUGCAACAGCAAGGAAGCUGAAUGAGGUUGAGUAGAGUCAUGGCCACCAGCUCGGAAAGCGUAAGUUCGGAUAUAGUCCAACUCAGUGCCAUGUUUCCAAACUUGGAAUGGGAGUUAGUGCAGACGGUUUUAGCUAAUCACGGAGGGAGUGUGGAGUCUGCAGUGCACUACCUCGUGGCAGUGUUGGGAGAGUCGGAUGUUCCAGUCGGCGGUGAUAUCGGAGGCCUACCCCAGGUUGUUAUGGAUGAACAAGCAGACUCAGACCCAGGCACCCCCACUGGAAGUGUCUCCAUUGAUAUCGAGGAUGAAGUUCAAAGGCUAGAGGACUCUGAUAAUACGGACGAUAAAUUGCACAGACAAGACUUGGGGAGAAGUCCCGAGUCUUUGCCGUCUUACAAGGAUGUUGCAGAAGGAUAUUCCUCGCCUCCUCCUUCUUAUGACUCUCUGGAGACUUCAAACAUCUCCACAGCUGCAGCUGAGAGAACUAAAAGUGUUUUACCUGGAAAGUUUGCACACAAAAUAAGGACAAGACAUCGAAAGAAAAAAGGCUAUCACUCGCAUGACACUUGACAUUCUCCAGUAUUAUUAGUAUGUAUUUGUAGGUAAUAGUUUGUUGAACUUCCUUUACGGGAAGCAAAUAGUUCUUUGCCAUCAUGUGCAGUG